AAAAUUAUUCAAAGCACGAGUAGCACUGUAUUUCUAAUAUGCGUGUUUACAUUGUUUUUUUACUUUGCAUUAUGUUUUAUUUGCUACAAUUUUUUAAUCUAGGAACCACCUAAAUGUUUAACAAAAUGUAUUCGGGGAGCUGAAUGUAAAAACAUUUUUUUAAGGCACAGUGUUGUUUGUUAAAUGAUACCUUUACAGUUGCAAGGUGUUUCUGAUUAUUGAAUUCAACGUUUCAAAAAGAUGAAUAUGAGUCUGUAGAGGUGUUGUUAAAAAAUUUAAAGAAUUUUCAUUUGUUUAAAACGCAACUAUUAUUUAAUAAAGUUUCAAAAAUGCAAACGAACUUAAAAUAAAAUCAACAAACAGAGAAUGAUAUGGCAAUUAAUUUUAAAAAGUAUUUUUUAUUCGUUUAUCUUGGUGUUCGGACUAAUUGGUAACGUUUUUGUCAUAUUUUUCUUUUCUUUUAAAAUGAAGAACGCACCAAGUUUUCGUUGGUUAGUUGUACAUCUUGCUAUUGCUGAUGCUAUAUAUGCUGUUGUCACGCCAAUGCAAUUUCUAUACUUACUUCAUAACAACAACGAGUGGCGACUUGGUACCGGAUUGUGUAAAACAAUCACAUUUAUUGGUCCAUUGACUGUUAACGUAAGCGCUUUGAUUCUUUGCCUCAUGGGAUAUGAAAGAUACAGAGCAAUAUGCCGACCGUUUUCUCGAAGAUUUUCUUUAACUGUGAUAAACUUAAUUGUUUUUGUUAUAUGGGUAGUCUGUAUUGCGUUAAAAAUUGACAUACUACUGCAUUAUCACGUCGUAAACAGUCGCUGUACUUUAGCCUCGACUUCAAAAAUACCUUACCUAAUAAAUUCGCUGGCAUCUUUAUUAGCAGAUAGCUUGAUACCAAUUGUUUUGCUUACAUAUUAUCUAGUUCGAGUUAAUAUAACACUUCGAUUAAGGGCAAGGUAUUUAAAUGACAUGAAUUCCACUAAACUGUGUAGAAAAUUUGAAAAUGAUUCCAAUAUAAUAUCUGACAGAUGCGUUGGAUUAAAUAUAGAGGAAUCCAGUAAAGUUAAACAAUCGCGUUUUUCACUUGGUUAUGAAACGGAUACAAAUUUUAAUACCAGGUUUAAAUUAAAAAGAGCGUCAAUGGCAUGUAAAGAUCGAUCAAACUCAGAUGGAUUGACAUGCAAUAACUAUCCUUGGACGCCUGUAAAUAAAUGUAAUUCAUCUCAAAUUGAAAUUUUUGGAUCUCUAUCAAGUAACGGGCGCAAGCAGGGCAGUAUUUUUGCUUUAAUUUCGGCAAUUAGUCGGAAACGCUCUUCGCUUCACGAACUUGCUAAAAUACGAAUAAAAAACUCGAGAGAUCGUUCAAUCGUAAAAGUUUUUUUGUUGACCGUAAUAAUUUUUUUUGUAUCAAGCAUACCGUAUAAUGUAUUUUAUUUUGUUGUCAUAUUAUUGUACACAACUUAUUUUACUAAUGUGGAUAUAGAAAAGUACAGUAGCAGUUUGGAAAGUGCAAAUAGUUGGUUGGGUUUAUUAGUACUUUCAGGAUGCAUAAUGAAUGUUUUUAUUUAUAGCGGAAAAUUCCCCGAAUUUCGUCAACAAAUGAACAUUAUGUUAAACUUAAAUCAUUUUAACAAAGCUUCGUUAGUAAACAAUUUGCGUAACGUUUAAAACAUUUACUAUAAAUUUAA